AAUGAAACAAAUAAUUUCUCAAACCAAAUCAAGGUUUGGCAACCCAGCAAUGGUGAUGAGAUGAAGCUUUGUAUUUCAAUGCCCUCUUCUCCUACUAACCAUUGUCAUGUUGAUGAAGCUAAGGGUUUAGAAAAUGGAGUUCCAGAUUCUUCAGCUAACAUUAAAAACAUCAAUCAACAACUACAUCUCAACCAUCAAAAGCUCAAAGACAAGAGGUUUGAUUCCUUCAAAACAUGGUCUGGUAGACUUGAAAGGCAGCUAUCAAAUUUACGUGGAAAGCCACAGGAAAUUGAAUCAGAUUCAGAGAAUAUUGAACCAUUGCCACUACCUGUGGACCGAUACUUUGAUGCAUUGGAAGGACCAGAAUUAGAGACCCUAAGGGCUUCCGAGGAGAUUGUUCUUCCUGAUAAUAAAACUUGGCCAUUCCUCCUUCGAUAUCCCAUUUCUGCAUUUGGUAUCUGUCUAGGAGUUAGUAGCCAAGCUAUCAUGUGGAAAACCCUAGCCACUUCACCAUCUACAAAGUUUCUUCACAUCAACUUGAUUAUAAAUCAUAUCCUAUGGUGGAUAUCUGUAGCUUUAGUAGCCAUUGUUGCUUCCAUUUACCUUCUGAAAGUGAUUCUCUACUUUGAAGCAGUUCGUCGAGAGUAUUACCAUCCAAUCCGUGUCAACUUCUUCUUUGCCCCAUGGAUAGCUCUUUUGUUUUUAGCUCUUGGAGUGCCACCUUCACUUGUUUCAAAAUUGCCUGUACCUUUAUGGUACGUUCUUAUGACACCAAUCUUCUGUUUGGAGAUUAAAAUAUAUGGACAAUGGAUGUCAGGAGGUCAACGAAGGCUUUCAAAGGUGGCUAAUCCUUCAAACCAUCUCUCAAUCGUUGGGAACUUCGUGGGAGCACUAUUGGGUGCAUCAAUGGGGCUUAAAGAAGGACCUAUUUUCUUCUUUGCUGUUGGUCUAGCUCAUUACGUAGUUCUUUUUGUAACUCUUUAUCAAAGACUUCCAACAAACGACACACUCCCCAAAGAUCUCCAUCCUGUAUUCUUUCUAUUUGUUGCAGCACCAAGUGUUGCUUCAAUGGCAUGGGCUACGAUUCAAGGCUCCUUCGACAAUGGAGCUCGAAUUGCUUACUUCAUUGCCUUGUUCCUUUAUUUCUCACUGGCAGUUCGGGUUAACUUUUUUCGAGGAUUCAAGUUCUCAUUGGCUUGGUGGGCAUACACAUUUCCGAUGACCGGGGCGGCGACAGCAGCCAUGAGAUAUUCAAGUGAAGUGACAAAUAUUGUAACUCAAACACUUUGUGUCACACUCUCCAUUGUUGCUACACUUACAGUAACAGCACUACUUGUAACCACCAUAUUGCAUGCCUUUGUCCUACGAGACCUCUUCCCUAAUGACAUAGCCAUUGCCAUUAGUGACAGAAAACCCAAACCUCAUAAGAAGUGGUUCAAUCUUACAGACAUUGAAACUUUCUUGAAAUUUGCAAGUUCUGACAACAAGGAUAUAGAAGCUGCCUUAAAGAUUCCCACUCCAGAAGCCACAUCAGUGUAAAACUUCAUCAUCAUCAGCCUUAGUUUCAACCUUUAGCAGCAGGAUCUUGCCGAUUUUUGUUCUUUUAGAAUCUUCAACACUCGAUACAUGUGAGGAACAUCAGUUUUUGGUUUCCAAUGAGCAUGUACGCAGAGAGAAAUGGAGGUUUCUGGCACUUUUCUGCACCAAAAGUGAAGGAAUAAUAAUAUUAUUGCAAAUUGCAAACAUAUUGUAUUAUUAUUAUUGCUAAAAUAAAACCAAUCAAUUUAAAA